CGCACACUCUCAUCUCUCUCUCUCUCUACUGUAGUCUUGUUUUGAGAUAGAGUGUAGAGAGAGAAAGCUAGAAAGAGAUUUGAGGGGAUGAGUAAAGCAAAGACUAUCUUGUCAUUGUAGGGUUUUCGUAAAACUUCAAAAAUAUUGAGAGACUAAAAAGAGCUCGUGCCACGCAGAAGAAGCAACGGAAAAAGAAGAAUAUAUUAGAAAAAGAGACAAGGGAGCGAAAUGCUGGUGCUCUAUUGAACUUGAAUUCGGAGGAUCGGAUUACGCAAUUGAAGAUCUCUCAGCUUCUACUCUGGAGCUGCACAUUGAAUUCCGCGAUCUUCCGACAUUUUCAGUUCCGCUUUUGAAUGUCAGAGAACUGAUAGAGCUCGCUUUAAUAAAGGAAAAUGAAGUCUGACACACCUCUUGAUUAUGCUGUAUUCCAGUUGUCUCCAAAACGUUCAAGAUGUGAAUUGUUUGUUUCAAGUAAUGGAAAUACCGAGAAGCUGGCAUCAGGACUUGUAAGACAUUUUGUGACCCAUUUAAAGGUUGCCGAAGAGCAGGUUGCACUAGCAGUCCAAUCAUUUAAGCUAGGAAUUGAGAGACACAAAAAUGCAGAGGCAUGGUUUACAAAAGGAACACUUGAAAGGUUUGCACGCUUUGUUAGCACGCCAGAGGUUUUGGAAAUGGUCAAUACCUUUGAUGCAGAGAUGUCCCAGUUGGAAGCAGCACGGAUAAUUUAUUCUAAGGGGUCUGGAGACCAGCGGAUGGAUUCUCAAGGUACAGCUCUCUUCGAAGAUCAUUCUUUUUCAGUAUUGUACAACG